AUGCAUGGCGAGUACAUGACGUCACGCACAAAAGAUGUGGAUGUUUGUGCUAAUAAAAUCUUUUUUGGAUUUGUAACCCAUAUGGCGACGGCAUUAUCUGUACCUACGUGUGGAUAUGCUGAGGAUAUGAAACCUUUAGCGAUUUUGGUGAUCCGGCUAUUUGAAUGGAUUCGUGUUACGCUGGACCAUAUGAAAAACCCGAUUAAUAUACCUAUGCAUGUACCGUUAAUCAAUCGUCAGUAUAUGGCCGACAUAUACAAUGAAAAGGGAGCAGAGGAAUGUUUUUUGAAUCAUGUUUUGAAAGUGGGAUGUGUUGAGGAAGCACGCAAGGUAAUUCUUAGUACCUCUAAGAGAAUGGAUAAGGUAAAUUUUAUAUUUGUGACUGCAAUUUACAAAGCAAAUAAAGGGUGUAUGAAUGCAGAUAUUGGAAAGUAUGCAGAGAUAUUGACUCUUUUUGAUACUUACAUGUCGAAUAUAGAGCAAUCUUGCUAUUCACAGUAUGAGUAUAAUUUGAACUACCGGCUUAUGUACGACCUUAUUAGCGAUUUGAAAAGGAAGUUUUGCAACAGUAUGCAAAGCAAUCUUAAGACGAAUAUAAAGGUUGCAUUAUCUAACGUUAAUAUUGUUUUUGCUAAGGGCGAGUUUGACUUAGAAAGACUUAUUAGCAUAGCGCCGUAUUCUGAAAGGUUUUACUUGGUAAACAGAAAUGAUUUUGAGAACAAUUUAUACAAUGUGUCGUAUAAAAUAGUCACUGAUAUAAUUAAUUUUUCGCCAUGGAAUAACCAUAUGCCUGAUUCUAGGUUUCCGCUUUUGAGACUUUAUCUUAUUGUUUCGUUGCUGAAGUAUGCAACAUACUAUUAG